AUGCUCAGAAAGCUGCACUCCGUCUUCAGCUCCAGGGCGCAAAGGAAGGCGGAGGUGGCCGAGAGUUCCUACUGCGAGGGAGGCCCCCCGGUGCGGCUGAUCCGCAGCAGCUCCAUGUACGUGGUUGGGGACCACGGGGAGAAAUUCAGCGAGUCCUUGAAGAAAUACAAAAGCACCAGCAGCAUGGACACCAGCCUGUACUACCUGCAGCAGGAGGGCGACCGGGCGUGGAUGUACUCUCGCACCCAGGACUGUCUGCAGUACCUGCAGGAGCUGCUGGCCCUGCGGAAGAAGUACCUGAGCAGCCUCAACGACCUGAAGCCCAAGCGCGCCCACGGCUGCUCCUCCACCUCGUCCAAAUCCUCCAAGGGAGGAAAGAAGGCCCCCGGCCAGCCCCCCUCCAAAGAAAUCAAGAAAGUAACCCCCAAGAAAUACUGGCAGUUCAGCGCAGAUGUGGCAGAGGCCAUCGCUUUCUUUGACUCCAUCAUUGCAGAGCUGGAUACAGAGAAACGGCCACGGACUGCUGAGACAGACCCCCCAAAUGAAGAUGUGGACUUUGAUGUGGCCACCAGCUCCCGGGAGCACAGCUUGCACUCCAACUGGAUCCUGCGGGUGCCACGCCGGCACUCUGAGGACAUGGCUGUACACACCAUACACACGACAGACGGCCAGUUUCGAAAAAGCACGGAGCGUAGGACCAUUGGCACUCAGAGGAGACUUGAGAGGCACCCCAUUUACUUGCCCAAGGCUGUGGAAGGGGCAUUCAGCACGUUGAAAUUUAAGCCCAAAGCCUGCAAAAAAGACCUGGGGAGCUCCAGACGGAUCCUCUGCAACUUCUCCAGAGAAGACAUGGAAUGGGAUGCGGAGCUCUUUGCGCUGGAGACGCUGGCAUCUCCCGGGGAGGACUACUUCGAGACAGAAAACCCCAAAGGACAGUGGCUGCUUCGAGAGCGACUCUGGGAGCGGACAGUGCCCUGA